AGGUGAAUAAGAGGAGACGUGCAGGAUGUAAACUGAUUAGCCGUCACGGCUGCACUCUGAGCUAAUGCACUCGUCUUCUUGAUUUUACGAGGUGGUUCUCCAGCCGAGCACAAAAAUCACAGAAAGCGUGCUCCUUUUCCUGUAUCCGCCUCUGAGCGAUGAGCUGUACACACCACCAGCUGACACGAAGGAGGCUUUCAUACACACACACACACACACACACACACACACACACACACACACGCUCAGGACCAGCCAUGGCUCUCAUACACACUCUCAUUCUGCUCUCAUGCGCCGGGAAAGUUUGGUCCAAAUCCGGCCAGAAUGAGUCUCGAGUCUAUCUGGACAACAUCACACGGAUUCUGGACAGAUUACUGGACGGAUACGACAACAGGCUGAGACCCGGAUUCGGAGGUCCUGUCACAGAAGUCAAAACGGACAUCUUCGUCACCAGCUUCGGUCCCGUGUCUGACGUGGAAAUGGAGUACACCAUGGACGUGUUUUUCCGUCAGACGUGGGUAGACGAGCGUCUGCGGUUCGAGGGUCCCAUCGAGAUCCUGCGUCUCAACAACCUGAUGGUCAGCAAGAUCUGGACUCCGGAUACGUUUUUUCGAAACGGCAAACGCUCCAUCGCUCACAACAUGACGACUCCGAACAAGCUGUUCCGCAUCAUGCAGAACGGAACCAUCCUCUACACCAUGAGAUUAACCAUCAAUGCCGAGUGUCCCAUGAGGCUGAUAAACUUCCCCAUGGACGGUCACUCCUGUCCACUAAAGUUCGGCAGCUACGCUUACCCGAUGAGUGAGAUAGUGUACACUUGGAAGAAAGGGCCCUUACUUUCAGUGGAAGUACCGCAGGAGUCAUCCAGCCUGCUGCAGUACGACCUGAUCGGUCAGACGGUGUCCAGCGAAAAGCUGAAGUCCGACACGGGGGAAUACAUCGUCAUGACUGUUCACUUCCACUUGCAGAGGAAGAUGGGAUUCUUCCUGAUUCAGACCUACAUCCCCUGCAUCAUGACCGUCAUUCUCGCUCAGGUCUCAUUCUGGAUCAACAAAGAGUCCGUUCCGGCCAGAACCGUCUUCGGCAUCACUACAGUGCUAACGAUGACGACUCUGAGUAUUAGCGCUCGUCACUCGCUGCCUAAAGUCUCCUACGCCACCGCCAUGGACUGGUUCAUCGCCGUCUGCUUUGCCUUCGUCUUCUCUGCCCUCAUCGAAUUCGCUGCCGUCAACUACUUCUCCACCGUGCAGGCCAACCGAGAGCGUCGCCGUGCCAACACCGCCCGAGCUGCCAUGGCAACCGCCGCCAAGAGUGACAGCAAAGACAUCACGACUCUGGUGGAUCCCAGCAGCGUUCUGAAGAAAAGGCUGAACUCAGUGCCACAGAAGGAGAACUCUGUGGUUCCCGCGAGCCCCAUGCCGGAUUUACGUCAGCAGGGUAUGGCCACGCCUGCUAACGCUACGCUAAAUGGCACCAGCAUCAUUGAUAAAUACUCCCGCAUCCUCUUCCCUCUGUCCUUCGGCGCCUUCAACCUCGUCUACUGGAUCGUUUACCUCACCAAGGACCCCAUGGAAACAAGGGAGGAGUGAUCUCUCAGGAGACGGAUGGACAGAUGGACAGAUGGAAGAUAAAAAUCUGUCAUGGUUUCUAUCUGUGUCCUUUAAUGUGUUAAAAUGAAGACAGCUUUAUUUAAUCUUUGACCUUUUAACCUUUAUUUUUCAAAUCUUUUACUUUUUUAUAUCUAAUGUUUAUUUAAAAAGCCAAAGAUCUUCACCUCGUGUUCACAUUAGAGUUCUGCAGGGGUCAGUGGAUAGGUCAGGGUUCUAAACCUCCAGAACAGAGCAAGAACUCAGCUGUUCUACUGAGAGACUGUGAGGGGGAGGGAGAGCUGAAGAAUCCAGAGGUUAAAGUUCAACUCCUGCUGGGUUCUAGAUCAUAACACACACAGACAGACAGACACACACGUACACACACACUCUAAACAAUAGGUUUCUUCCUGCCAGCAUAUCAAUAAUGUUUUAAUCUGAGCAUAAUCAUUUUUUGUAGGUGAAGAACCUUUCAUUUUAGUGUGUGUGUGCAUGUGUUUAACUCUGUGUGUGUGUGUGUAACUGUGUGUGUGUGUGUGUGUGUGUAACUGCGUGUGUGUGUGUGUGUGUAACUGUGUGUGUGUGUGUGUGUGUGUGUGUGUAACUGUGUGUGUGUGUGUGUGUGUAACUGUGUGUGUGUGUGUGUGUGUGUGAACCUCUGUGUUCUAACCUGAACCCUUGAACCCUCAGGAGGAACUUCAGUUGACCCUAGCUAGUGUGAACACAGGGAAUAACACACUCACACACACACACACACACACAUACACACACACACACACAUACACACACACACGCGAUUCAUGUGCACUUCUCGUGAAAAAUCUCCUUUGACACUUUGGAUGUUUGAGCAUGUUUUAAGUGUAGUGCACACUCUUUCUCUCUUUAACACUUCAGCGUGAACACAGGCACACACAGACACACACACACACGUACACACUGCAGGCAACACUUUCCACUAAGCACAGUAGCUAUAUGCAGCACACAUGGGCCUGUGGGAUUUAGAGGUUAAACAGACACACACACACUCAAAUAUUACAAAGAACUAUGCACUGACUGAUACAGGAAGUAGGACGUCCUCACAAUUGUACAUUUACAGAGUCCUGCUCUAAUAAACAUUUAAUGCACUUGAAGUACACACACACACACACACACACACACACACCCUAGAGAUGCAAUACAGAAGCUAAGCCAUUGAAUUUAUUUAUUUUUUUAAUUUAAUUACAGGUCUAAUGAGUCACUUCCUGUUCUAUCAGCUACACACAGUGGUGACACUGGAGACUCCUUACACCCACCCACACCCACCCACCCAGACACACACACACACACCCACCCAC